UUAUGUUUAAUACAAAUUUUAUUUAAUAUUAAAUUCUUAAUAUAACAAUUCUUUGUCUUCCAGUGGAAACAAUGUCUUCUUCGUAUUUCCUUCCAAUAAAAGAAGUGUCUUCUUUAGCUGAUAUGAAAAAAUGGGAACAAUCUGAAGCGUAUCAUGAAUAUAUGGGAUUUAUAUUAGCUAUGAAUGAAGCAGUAAAAGGAAAAAAAAUAUCAGAUGUAGCUGUAACAUCAGAAGUUGUUAAUAAAAUGUGUGAUAUGUUAGAAAUACUUGAUAAGUGGAUUGAUGAAAUUCCUCCCAUAGAACAGCCACAGCGCUUCGGAAACAAAGCAUUUCGUACAUUCUAUGCAAAGUUGAAAGAGGAAUCUGAAUCUCUACUGAAGAAUGUUUUACCAGAAAAUAUGCAUCCUAGUAUUAUUGAACUUGCUGUUUAUUUAACAGAAAGUGUUGGCAAUUCGACACGAAUAGAUUAUGGAACAGGUCAUGAGAUGUCUUUUGCUAUGCUUUUAUGCUGUUUAUUUAAAAUAGGAGCUUUAAAAACUGAAGAUUCUGAUCAAGCAAUUCUAAAAAUUUUCAAUAGGUAUUUAAUUUUAAUGAGAAAAUUGCAAGUUACUUAUCGUAUGGAGCCUGCAGGUAGCCAUGGCGUGUGGAGUUUGGAUGAUUAUCAAUUCUUACCAUUUAUAUGGGGAAGUUCUCAACUUAUAGGUCAUCCUCGCCUUGAGCCACGCUCAUUCCCUGAUGAAGAUAUAGCUGCAUCAUUUUCUAAAGAUUAUAUGUUUAUGGCUUGUAUAAAGUUUAUUAAUCAGGUUAAAUCAGGUCCUUUUUCAGAACAUUCUAAUCAACUGUGGAACAUUAGCGGAGUUCCUACAUGGGAAAAAGUGAAUUCUGGUUUAAUUAAGAUGUAUAAAAAAGAGGUUCUGGGAAAGCAUCCAGUGAUACAGCAUGUGUUAUUUGGAUCUUUGCUACCAAUAAAAAGGCAUGAUGCUCUUCCUUCUGUUAAAUAAUAAAUAUAACAUGAAAUUUUUUCAGUUAUGUAAUUUUAUGUUGUAAAUAGGCCUUAAAAAUACAAUAUUUCUCUUCAUUGCA